GAGUGCCAGAACAGGCUGCUGAUUCCUCUGAAAUAUAGAUUGGUUUUCGACUCCGUUCCACUGGAUUUCACCCCGGUCUUUAUCUCCAACCUCUUUAGAUCAAUGAAUUCACAUAUCCCACCUCCCUGCACAAACGGUGCCAGUGGACAGCUCCCGUAACAAGUGAACCUCGCAUGUCCUUUCCAAAGUCUAUUUGGGGUAGGCUACUCUAUUACUCUAGACUUGGAACGUCGGAAGGAUGGAGAAUCACCGUAUUUGAAUCGAAGUUGCCUCGUAAAACUUGGAAAGUACAAGCACAUUUGUGUGUCUUGUGCACACUUACUGAUUUUUUCCCCGUAGUUUUGGUUCGCGCUACAUCUUUUUCUGCGCUCAUGAAUAGAAUUACAUUUUCUGUUUGAAACAAGGAUUGGUGUGAUUUUUGGACAUACGCUUAACGGUCAAACAACAACAUGGAGAAUAGAACUGGAUUUAUUUGGCUGAAACGGCUACUUUUUGUGUUUGUGGGGGUAUCUUUAAUCCGCAGUGAUGCUAAACUAUACGGCUCGGAGGCGACGCAAAGCUUCGUGGACCUGCGGUUCGCGCUGGAGCCGGCCGACGCGGUGACGGUACGAGGCGGCGUCCUGCAGCUGGACUGCGAGGCCCUGUCGGACCAGGGCACCCCCGCCCUGGCCUGGAAAAAGGACGGGGUCCUACUGAGCACGGUGGUGGACGAGAGGAGGCAGCAGCUGGCCAACGGCUCCCUGGUCGUCCAGAACGUGGUCCACUCGCGGCACCACAGGCCCGACGAGGGCUCCUACCAGUGCCUGGCGUCCCUGGAAGGGGUGGGUGCCAUCAUCAGCCGGACGGCCAAAGUUACCGUCUCCGGGCCCCUGCGCGUGGUGGUGCCCACAGAGUCUGUGUCGACCCACCUGGGGGACACGGCACUGUUGCGGUGCGAGGUGACGGGGGAGCCCAUGCCCGUGGUGCACUGGCAGAAGAACCGCGAAGACCUGCCCGCCGCCGCCGCCGCCUCCGCCUCCGCCUCCGCCUCCGCCACCGCGCCCGAGAGCCGCCUGGUGGUGCUGCCGUCGGGCUCGCUGCAGGUCAGCCGGGUGCAGCCGCCCGACUCCGCCACUUACCGCUGCCUCGCCGAGAACCCCGGCAGCGCCCGCACCGGCAACGACGCGGAGCUCCGCGUACUGCCAGAGCCUGGUGUGACGCGGGGCUUGGUGUUCCUGCAGAGGCCGAUAGCAGUGACCGCCGUUGAAGGGAAAGAUGCUGUUUUAGAGUGCUCUGCCUCCGGUUUCCCAACCCCCUCCUUUUUCUGGAUGCGGGGCAGUGAAGUCAUCGAAACAAGGUCAAAGAAGUACACCUUGCUUGGUGGGAGCAACCUCUUGAUCAAAAGUGUGACCGAUGACGACUCAGGUACCUACACCUGUGUGGCACACAACAAGAACGAGAACAUCAGUGCCUCCUGUGAGCUCUCUGUCCUGGUGCCUCCCCAAUUUCUGAAUUACCCCUCAAACCUGUAUGCUUAUGAGACGACGGACAUCGAGAUGGAGUGUGAGGUGACUGGGAAGCCCUCUCCCACUGUCCGCUGGGUGAAGAAUGGAGAGGUGGUCAUUCCCAGCGAUUACUUCCAGAUCCUGGGCGGAAGUAACCUCCAGAUUCUCGGUCUGGUGAAGUCGGACGAGGGCUUCUACCAGUGCGUGGCGGAGAACGACGCAGGGAACGCCCAGGCCAUGGCCCAGCUGAUCCUCCGGGAGCCAGUUGUCCCCAGCUCAGGCGCCCUCCCCUCCGCUCCCCGUGAUGUGGUCCCUGUCCUAGUGUCCAGCCGUUUUGUGCGCCUCAGCUGGCGCCCCCCAGUGGAGACCCACGGGAACAUCCAGACCUAUACCAUCUACUACACACAGGAGGGCGUUAACAGGGAACGGUCUACUAAUGUGUCUGAGGCUGGGACACUGCAGUUCACUGUCAGCAACCUGAAACCAGAGGCAACGUACAGCUUCAGGGUCCUGGCCUACAACGAGCUCGGUCCAGGAGAGAGCUCACAGCCUGUCACGGUCUCCACACAGCCAGAGUUGCAGGUCCCUGGGCCUGUGGAAAACCUCCAGGCCGAGGCCGUCUCCCCCACUUCCAUCCAGAUUUCCUGGGACCCGCCCGCCUACGUCAACAGCCCCAUCCAGGGGUACAGGAUACUGUGGAAGGAGACAGUGGCUGAGACAGAGCAGGUCGUGGAGGUGAAUGGUCAGAGCUACAAGCUGGAGGGGCUGAAGAAAUUCACCGAAUACUCCGUACGGGUCCUGGCUUACAACCGCUAUGGCCCCGGCGUCACCCCCGAAGACCUGCUUCUCACCACGCUUUCUGACGUGCCAAGUUCUCCUCCUCAAAACAUCUCCUUAGAAGUCGUCUACUCACGGAGCAUUAAGGUCAACUGGCAGCCUCCUCCUUCGAACUCCCAGAACGGAUUCAUCACAGGUUACAAAAUCCGGCACAGGAAGACAGGUCGAAGAGGGGAUCAGGAGACAAUCGAGCCGAAUAACUUCUGGUACCUUUUCACGGGCCUGGAGAAAGGGAGCCAGUACAGCUUCCAAGUGGCCGCCAUGACCGCCAACGGCACUGGCCCAGCCAGCGAGUGGUACACCGCAGAGACGCCCGAGAACGACCUCGAUGAAACACAGGUUCCAAACCAGCCCAGUUCUCUACACGUCCGCCCACUACCCAACAGCAUUAUCAUGAGUUGGACUCCGCCUCUGAACCCCAACAUAUUAGUCAGGGGGUACAUUAUUGGGUACGGAGUGGGUAGCCCCUAUGCUGAAACUGUCAGAGUGGACAGUAAACAACGCUAUUACUCCAUUGAGAACCUAGAGCCCAGCUCCCACUAUGUCAUCUCCCUGAAGGCCUUCAACAAUGCUGGGGAAGGGGUUCCACUGUAUGAAAGUGCCGUGACAAGGUCUCUAACAGACCCUUUAGACCCAUCGGACGAUGAUUUGUUCCAUCUGUUUGAUAAAUUCCCUACUCCCAUGCCAGAUACCUCCACCCCCAUGAUCCCCCCAGUAGGUGUACAGGCCGUGGCCCUGAGCCCCGACUCAGUGCGGGUCAGCUGGGCCGACAACUCCGUGUCCAAAAACCAGAAGACUGCCGAGGUGCGCUUCUACUCUGUCAAGUGGAAGACCAGCUACUCCACCAGUGGAAAGUACAAGUCAGCAGACACCACCGCCCUCAGUCACACUGUGACCGGACUCAAGCCCAACACCAUGUACGAGUUUGCUGUGAUGGUGACCAAGGGACGCAAGUCCAGCACGUGGAGUAUGACGGCGCACGCCACCACCUACGAAGCAGCUCCCAGCUCCGCCCCCAAGGACCUGACGGUAAUCAGCCGGGAGGGGAAGCCCAGAGCUGUCCUCAUCAGCUGGCAGCCACCCAUGGAGGCCAACGGCCGAAUCACAGGAUACAUUCUGUUCUACACACUGGAUAAGAAUAUGCCCAUUGAUGACUGGGUAAUGGAGUCCAUCAGUGGUGAUCGCCUCACUCACCAAGUCAUGGACCUCAACCUGGAUACAGUCUACUAUUUUCGUAUCCAGGCCAAGAACUCCAAGGGGGUGGGCCCCCUCUCUGACCCCAUUCUCUUCAGGACCUCCAAAGGUGACCAUCCAGACAAAAUGGCCAACGACCAAGGUCGCCAUGGAGACGGAGGCUACUGGCCAUCUGACAAUAACCUGAUUGAUAGGAGCAGCCUGAACGAGCCUCCGAUUGGUCAGAUCCGGCCCCCCCACGGCAGCGUGACCCCGCAGAAAAACAGCAACCUGCUGGUGAUAAUUGUGGUGUCGGUGGGGGCCGUCACCAUCAUCGUGGUCGUUAUCGUGGCCCUGAUCUGCACCCGCCGCUCGUCCGCCCAGCAGAGGAAGAAACGAGCCACCCACAGUGCGGGGAAAAGGAAAGGCAGCCAGAAGGACCUGCGCCCUCCCGACCUGUGGAUCCACCACGAGGAGAUGGAGCUGAAAAACAUCGAGAAGCCCUCCAGCGCCGCCCCCUCGGGUCGAGACUCACCCAUGCAAGGCUGCCAGGAAAUCACCCCUGUCAGUCACAGCCAAUCAGAAAGCCAGAUGGGGAGCAAGAGCAGCCACUCAGGUGCUGAUGGCGAUGAGGCAUCCAGCAGCAUAUCCACUCUAGAGCGCUCCCUAGCUGCUCGGAGGGCGACGCGCACCAAACUGAUGAUCCCCAUGGACUCACAGCCCAGCAACACACCUGUUGUGAGUGCCAUCCCAGUGCCCACCCUGGAGAGUACCCAGUACCCAGGGAUCCUGCCCUCGCCCUCCUGUGGGUACCCUCACCCCAAGUUCACCCUGCGGCCAAUGCCCUUCCCUACGCUCACUGUGGACCGCAGCUAUGCCACAGCCAUGCCAGGUGAGGGUACCACUCCGCAUGCCCAACCGCAGACCCUGAUCCCCAGUUCGCAGUCAGAGCACGCCAGCACAGAGGAGGCGCCCAGCCGGACCAUCCCCACCGCCUGCGUGCGCCCCACCCACCCACUGCGCAGCUUCGCCAACCCCCUCCUGCCGCCCCCCAUGGGCACCAUUGAGCCCAAAGUCUACACGCCGCUGAUGCCCCAGUCAAGUGCCAGCCUCCCCAAGGCUCAGGUGAAGACAGCUUCCCUGGGGCAGGCUGGGAAGGCCAGGUCCCCUCUGCUUCCGGUUUCCGUACCAACUGCGCCAGAGGUUGCCGAAGAGGGGCACAAACAGCCAGAGGACCCAGCUAGUGUGUAUGAACAGGAUGACUUGAGUGAGCAAAUGGCCAGUCUAGAAGGUCUAAUGAAGCAACUGAACGCCAUCACCGGCUCGGCCUUUUAACGCCGGCGUCUUCAGCAGCACACCAGAACUGAACCAUCACAGCACAGCAGUACUCCACCUUCAGAUGGACAAAAGGGAGAUGGCCCAUGCCCUCAGACACUCCAUCCUGAGUGAUGUCACUCAUCUAUCCUGAGUGAUGUCACUCCUCCAUCCUGAGUGAUGUCACUCCUCUAUCCUGAGUGAUGUCACCUCUGAUUCACCCUUUUUCAGUUAAUCAGCCUGGAAGAGAUGGACGAGGAAAGGGGAAAAAAAACUAAACUUUGGAAUUUGGAAUUUAUUUCCCCUUUAAACCCUGAGUUCAUGUCUCAGCAUUCCAUUUUUAGGUUUUUUUUUUACUUCAGUUGACCAUGCUGAUUCCCAUCUUCUGGUGAAAUUCGUGAAGACAAGUGGGAAGAGCUCAGUUAUUUUGUCAUCAUUGUUCCACAAAAGUGGGAUACGUUCUGUUUUUUUCUUUUCUUCAGAAAUGACACUAGAAAACAGUAGCAGUGUAAGUGGUGAUUGGUGAUUGUGUAGCAGUUAGAUAGCCUUUGUAUUCAUUCAUAUGCAUGACAGAGUGGGUCAUAGUACCUUCCUUAAGCAUGCAUACACAUUAAUAUGAUGUAUGCAUGUUUGGAUGCAUCAAAAUACAUUUUUAUAACCCAACUUCCAUAAUACUUUAUACAGUAUGACAUGGAGAAACUAUUGUGACACAGUAAAUGACUACCAGUAGUGAAAAGUUGAAUGCAGGAUUUUUUCUCCACAGAUUUUGAUCAUAACCAUUGCAAUGAGUCCAUAGUUUUUUACAGAAGUUUCAUAUUUUUCAAAACAUGACUUUAUGACGCUUGUGUAUAUUUGUAUUCUUAUGGUGUAUCCAUACAUCAGAAAUAAUGAAGUCGUUGUUAUAGAGGUCUGUAAUUAUAGUUGAUAUAAAGCAUUAUGGAAGUAUGGCUGUGUACUCUUUUGAUACAUCCAGCAUAAUACCUUAUGCUUACACUUGUAAAAUUGUAUUGUGUUUGGGUGCUUAUGUCAUGUGCUAUGACCCUCUUGUUUCAUGCAUAUGAAUGCGUAUAAAGGCUUAAUGAAUGCUAAAUAACUGCCACCCAACGAAUUUCUGAAAACAGCCUCAGGUAGUGGCUUGUGGAGAACAGAUAAAUGGAGACAACGAACUAGUGUCACCAGACCCUUAGGCCAUUGGAUUUUUUUGCAUCUAUGUUUUGUAUAUAUUUUUUAGCAUUUAUGUUUCAUGUCUUUUCCACACAGCAGUAAACAAUCACAAACAGGACAACUUCAGAACAUGGAAAAACUUUUAGUUUCAAGACUUUUUUUUCCUUUCAGUUUUUUUUUUUCAGAGUUUUCUUGAAACCCCCAAAUGAACAUAUAUUCCAGACUGAGCUUUUCAUUUCACUGGUAUAUUGUCAUACUGACAUAUUGAGGCUGAAACCAUUCACACACCCUUUCGCACCAUUGUGGAACCAUGAUCGGACACCCGAAAUUGAUCACAGCCAAAAUGUUCCAUUUCUGAAUCUCUUAGGAUCUGUUACAGGCUUUCAGUCAAAAACUAACUCUGGAAACAUACCUCUGUUGCAAGGUUGGAGCAAAAUAGUAAAAGAAAAAAAGGACAAUCCUCGGAUAGGAUGUUUAGGAAGUGUCAGAGAGAGGUUUGUUUUGAGCUUGCUCUCAUUGGACAUCCCAUCACCUCUCCAUCUAAAGACAGUUGUGCUGAGACUCUGAUUGAGAACUGCCCAUUGCCACUCCUGGAGUCUCCAUGGGGGUGAACCUAACUACUUUGGAAGCGAGUUCCAAAAUUCAAGCAUGAACGAUUAGCCAUCUCUCAAAAUGGCCGCACCCUCUGAGCUCUUUUCAUCACAUGCAAAAGAAGGAAAAGGACCUCGCAAGAAAGAGGUUGGAAAGACACACAGGACUCUACUGAGUUGCUUUCUGUGGAACACUCUAUGCUACACUUCUUUUGACUGGGUGACAGUUUUUGCUUAUUUUGAUGUCUGUUUUUAUGGGAUUUAAAAAAAAAACCUGCUUUGAAGUAGCAUUUCAACACUCAAAGUUGGCCGUGAGACCGGCUGAAGUUCACCGGGUUCUUCAAUAUCUUCAGAUGGUUAUUUUUAUAUGGGAACAUUUUCAAUGCACAUGCAGCAUAGUAUAUUUUUUACACCAACAACUAAGUCACAGCCGUGCAGCCAUUUUAAAGUUCAGUUUUAAUUUUCUGACUGUUUACCUUGCUUUACAUUACAAGCAACAUUCACUGAGAUCAUCCUACCCUUAGCCUUACAGCAAACCAUGGCAGAAGAAAUCAUCCACUGUAGUGAUAAAUAAGAGUAAUUUGCAUCGUAAUGAAACAUUAAUAUAUUUCUGUUUGACUUUAUCAUACUAUAUUCAAACAAAAAUGAGUGUAGAUGUUGUAGUGUAAUUUAGAAAAUAAUAAAAUGAGAAGUGACUUCUUGUGACCAUUUCAAAUACGCUGAUUCCAACAAUUGCCUCAAUACAAUUACAGGCUUGUAUUUAUUUUAACUGCAGUAUGCUUUUGUCCAAAACUUUGAAAAUAAAUUUUUGCAAAUGUUACAUUUUUAAAUGACAUGACAUGUUGUGUCUGACGGCCAUUGGAAAGUGCAAAUGAUGUGUUGCUUGGUGUAAGAAAUUAAAAAAAAGGAAUAUUUCUUAAAUCUUAAGGCAAAGGCUAAUUGUGGACUGGAUAGUUCUAGAACACAUUGAUGAUGAAAAUGAAUAUCGGUGAACUGAUUCUGGUGCCUGUGCAACUGCACUCAUGUACAAAAUGAAGUAGACACAAGGAGCAUCCUGAUCACUGUGUUAACACUGUUUUUCCUUGUUUCAUGAACGGCAUUAUUGUCCUUGCUGAAAUCCUGUUGUCUUCAUCUUUUUGGUCUUAAAACCUGUUAUAUGUGCCUAUCUUUUAUUUUCCUUUGUUUUAUUUAAUUUAAUUUUUUUCUGUUGUCACUUUAUUUGAAAAGAGACCCACCAGUGCAUUUUUCCUUGCCCUGAAGUUGAACAACUUCAAAAGCAGAGGGGGUUGAGUGAGUCAGGGGGAGCAUUAGAAACUGCGUAUUGUUCCUUUCUGGAAGAUGACUCAAAUCUCCUAACGUGGCCCGAUAUAUUUUCCUGUGUGCUGAACGUGUGUUUUAAUGUUGAAAGAAGAACAUUGCAGUGAGGGAACAUGAAGAUUCAGAUAUUCAAUUUUUUAUUGUACAGUUCCAUAGAACGAUUGAAGGGAAACAUUUCCAACAUGUUGGCUGUGUAUUGUGUGUAUUGGGAAGGGAGGGAGGGGAGGGUACUUUAUAUGAUUAAAAUUAAUAUAUUAUUUAUAGUGGUACUUUUUGAUAAUUUAUGAAGACAGUGUGAUCUUAUUGAACAUUUAGCUUAGCCUUGUUUUAACAAAGCAGAUUUGAGAAUCAUUUUAGUUUUUCUGACAAUGAAGGUUGCAUGGGAAUGGCCCUUCGUCACUCCCACAUCAGGAUGGUGUUGUCUCUUGAUAGGUACCUUUUCCCACAGUUCCAUGGGCCAAAAUUUUAAAGCCUUAGAGAUAUUUUUGCAUUACAGCAAACCAUUUAGCAGGACCACACUGCUUAUUUAAGCCUUCUGCUAGUCUCAGAAUUAAUUAUUAAUGUCCGUAAUUAAAGCUGCAAUCUAACUUGCUAAGGAAACAGGGCAUUUCCCUGUAAUAAAUUGAUGCUGUUUGUAUCAUCAGUCAUAAAUCAAUGUUUUUGGUUUUAGAUUAAUAUUAUAUAAAUGACCAUACAGUGACUGUGCAUCAUAUGUGAAGUUAUCUUAAUGUGGACUUCAUAUUUUUACCUGUCUUGAAUAAUCCGUCCAUAUUAUUUAUAAAUUAUGUGCCAAGACAUAUGAUUAGUAACAUAGAAUUUAUUUAUUUACAUUUAUCAGAAUCCUUUUUUUCUUACUUUUUAAAAAAACUAUUCUUCUAAAACCAUUUUCACAGGGUUUAGGAAUGUUAGCUUUGUGUAAGUCUGAUGUUUAAUUUGAAGGUACUGGGUCACUCUUUAAGGCUUUGAAGUAAACUAGUGUCAAACAAGAUGACUGUCCAAACUACAGGUGAGUAAUACUGUAUGACAAAGGCAGGGAAACAUCCACCCUGGUCAGGUGGCGUGGAAAACUUUACAUAAUUUUCAGUUCUACCACCACAACUGAAAGGGUUUCCUGUUGCUUUUUAUUUUUACUUUUUUAAAAAAAGAUUACACUGUUCUCUUGUCUUUACAACCUUUAGCAAAGCACUUGCUCUGUUACUUCUCAUUUUUUCAGUGUGCAACAGGUUAUUCAGGAAAGUAAUAUUGUAUUCUAAUGUGUAUGCAGCCUCUGUAAAGUUGCCCCUGUAUGUUAAUAUGGAGGGAAGCGCCACAUGAAAGUAUAUCUUUAAAAUGUUUAUUAAUAUGUUUAGGAUUUAUUGUAAAUCUUGGCUAAGAUUUAAAAAUUGGCAGUAACUUUUCAAGCCGAAUGGGCGGACCACACUGAGGUGUCUUGCGUUAAAACUAGAUCUCACCUUACUAUUUACGCUUGCAAUUUUAAAAAGCAUGAUUAAUUUGACACAUCUGUCCAGUAAACUGGAUCCAAAUCAGAGCUGAAAUUUGUCCAAGUCCAAAUCCCAUUAUGGUUGAGACAGUGUCGCUGUGGGAAGGGGCCAUCUGCAACCGAUUUCGCAUGGACUCAGAUUCCUGCGCAAAAUGGCGCCUCUCUGAAUCGGAAGGUGAUUUUCAGGAUGCCAGAUGUGCUGAUGAAACCAUAUCUGGCCUAAUGGAGUAUGCGGUUGUCCUCAUUAAAGAAUCAGCGCACCAUUAAAAGGGGGCGCCUUGCUGUGGACCAAUGCCUCUUGCAGGUUUAGAGGUCAGGGUUAUGCGUUUUAUCUGUUGUAGCGGCUUUCCUACGGGAGGCCUUGACAGUGAACCGUUUGGCAAACCUGCCAACUGAGCCUAGGCUCGGCGCCUAAAGAGCACGGAGGUGGUAUAUGUGCAUGAUCCCAUUGUCUCCUAUGAGGUGUACCACAAUUUUACAUUUCACUUGUUAACAUCAACUCAGUUUUUUUAUUAUUAUUAUGCGUGUAACUGCACAUUAGACAUGUUUUUUUUUCCUGUCGUUUUUUUUAUUUUUAUUAUUUUUAUAUAUACAUAUAUGUUGGAGAAAAGACCUAGGUAUUUGAACAUUUGACUUCAUCCUUAAAUUGUCAAAUUCUAGCAUUGUUAACCAAAUUAGAUUAGUGAUUGAAAUAUUUAAGUGUACAAUUUGUUCCUUUGAGGAUAGGGGAAGAUGUUGCAUAAUGUACAGAAGAACAACAACUCUGGCUGUUUCUACCCACAAUCUUGUAUACAAUUGCUGGUUUUGUAAUGCACUGUAGAGCAGUCCAAUGUUCCUUUUUUUAUAGAAAUGUUAUUUCAAUGGUGCAUUCUUUUUGUUUGAUAAAUAAAGUUUUUGAUAUAAAAUUCUG